UGGAAUUAUAUUAAGGAGAGAGAGAGACUGGCCUUUUAUUAAGGGUGGCUCUUUUUACCUCUCUUCAAUACUGACUGAAUAGCAAUACUGAGUGAAGAUUAGUUUUGUGUUUGAACAAGCAACAUUAACUUUGGCUCUGUUUUACUCCAUCCUAUUGUUCACUCGCUGGUCAGCCGAAUUCUUGAACGCGUUGUAAUAAUUUCAACCUCAUCAUAAACUAUUGUAUUAUUAUUGUUAUUAUUAAGUGUGUUAAAUAGAAUUGUGAAAAAUUAACUAAAAAAAAUUGUGUUAAAAAAAUAACUGGAGAAAGCAUUUCUCUUUCUCGAACAUAAAUACAAAAUUGUGCAAGUUGGACGACCGAAUCUACAUUUUAGUUUUCUUAAUGUGAAAAGACGGUGAAUUUAUUUUUCGGCGUGUAACCCUAGCAUGGAAGAAAAAUUGAGGAAUGAGGACACAAAAUAUUUGUGGUUCGUAGCAAACGAACCACAAAUUCCUAGUAUGAAAUGUGAUUUUUAUUAAAAGAAGAAGUUUAAUAAACAAAGGGAACAAUUGAAUUCCUGUAAAAAAUGGUGGAGCAAUUUUCAAUUUCCUGAUUAAGGUUCAAUAAUUAAUUAUAAUUGUGCCUCUGCUCGUGGGAUUACCUAAGAGAAAAUUGGAUCCGAAUUUCAAGGUGUACGUGCAGCAGUCCAACUAACGAAAUUGUCGUCCUCUGCCUGACCGUCCAUUGGUUACCUGCCUUCCACUAAUGCUUGACUGUGACAAAUUUUCCGUCAUCAUAAAAGAUUUUUCUUCUCGUCAAGAAAUUGUGGAGCAUUGUUAAAAUUCCGACCAGAUGCAGAUGUGAGAUCGUUGGGUGGCUUUUUCUUCUGAAAGUGAACUUGAGACUUCCAACUGGUUGGACUAUAUAUUCAAAAGUUGGAAAGUGAUCAUCUCGUUAAUUUAAUGGGAAACACAUUGCCUACAACGAACUACUUACUUACUAAACAAGUGAUCUGUAAUAGCCAACAACUACUGGUUUGAACGGACACUGAACAUUCCAUCCUCUACCCGGAUACGCGUUAAUUUAUGAGUGUUUAAGUUCAAGUUUCAUAUGCCCCAGAGAGAGAUUUUUUUGGACACAAUUACACAUGCAGUGACUGAGACUAUGCAUGAGAGAUUAUAAAUAAGAAGGAUUGAUACUCAGAAGAAGAAAUUUUAACAAAAAAAAGAUGGAGAUAUUAAAUCAGCUCCCGAAACUGAAGUGCUAUUGCCAUCAUCACUGCCCCUCACAAGCGCACGAUGGGAUUUGUGAGGUCGACAUCGGGGGGAGGUGUUUUGCCGCGGCGACGGAGACCUUCAACACGGAAACGGGCCUGCUAGAACCGGAAUAUAGUUAUGGUUGCUUUGCUCCAGGAGAUCCCACCUUUCUCCAGUGUAAAGGUCACUUGGUGGACCACAACAUCCCCAUGGGAAUAGUCUGUUGUGAUAAUGAGAGUUUUUGCAAUGAACAUCUCAAGCCAGUUUAUAAGCCCACUAAUGUGAGCGACCAUUAUGCACCAUACAAUCCACCCGCAGAUACCUUUCUCCUGCAACUUUUACUCGCAGCCGUAUUCUCUCUACUUUUACUAACUUUCCUCAUCGUCCUCUACAUUGUAUGCAAAUACAAAUCGAAAGAAAAGAGUCAGAAAUUUUUGAACGAGUCAGACAGCAAUAAGUCAUUUCUUCUCAACUCGAAGGAUUCUGCCUUCCUCAGCCUGGAUUCGUCAGGGUCCGGGUCUGGAAUGCCACUUUUGGUACAAAGAACAAUUGGAAGGCAAAUCACUUUGAAACACCGCAUUGGCAAGGGCCGCUAUGGCGAGGUCUAUUUGGGUGAAUGGAAGGGAACCUAUGUCGCCGUCAAGUCCAUCAAUUCAUCUGAAGAACAGUCAUGGUGGAGGGAACAGCAAAUUUACAAGCUCGCACUUAUGAAGCACCCAAACAUCUUAGAAUCUAUGGGGUAUGACAUUAGAUCCAAGGACAACAUUACGCAAAUGAUCAUUGUCACUGAUUACCACCAACGUGGCUCUCUCUACGAUUACUUGCAGUGCUACACAUUGUCUGAAGAUCAAGCACUAAGACUAGUCCUAUCGACAAUAUCUGGCCUCUGCCAUAUUCACAUGGAGGUCGAGGGGAAACCAUACAAACCUGGCAUUGCCCACAGAGACAUCAAGAGCAAAAACAUCCUAGUAAAGAACAACGGAGAAGCGUGUAUCGCCGAUUUUGGUCUGGCAGUUUGUUCCGUGAGUGGUGAACGUGGAGUUGACAUUGUCCCCAACGUGAAGCAAGGUACGAAACGCUACAUGCCACCAGAAGUGCUAGAUGACACCAUGAAAAUGGAUUGGUUCGACGCCUACAAGCAGGCAGACAUGUACUCUUUUGCACUCAUUUUGUGGGAAAUUGGGCGAAGAUGCGUGACGAAUGCUGGGGACGAAAAGCCUGAAUUUGAGGACUACGACAUCCCCUAUAAAGAUCAAGUCCCACAAGAUCCAUCUUUUGAAGAUAUGAGAAAAAUCGUAUGUGAAGAUGGAAGUCGACCUGAAAUUCCUCUCAGGUGGAACAAGUCCAAGCUUCUCCUUGAACUUUCCAAAAUUAUGAAGGAAUGUUGGCACAGAUCGCCACAAGUCAGACUAACAUCGCUCAGAGUAAAGAAAACUUUAACCGAGUUCCGAGACUAUGAGACCCACCUUCAAAUCGUUUAAUUAAACAAUCAGCAAACAUUUAACUAACCAUUUUUAUUAUUUCAUGAGACUUAUCGCAUUACAUUUAAAGUAAAUCUCGAGUCAGUCAUUUUAAUUACUUAUCAUUCUUUAUGUUUAGGUUUUAGAGCGAGAAAAGAUUUUAAGCUGUAUUAUUCUUAUGUAAAUGUACAUAAUAGAUAACCGUUUUUAUACUUUAUUGUUUAAUAUUUAUUCAAUUAUACAUACAUACAUAAACAGAAGGCUUGUUAUACUUACAUUUUAAUCAUAAUCCUGGUGUAAUAUUUAACUCACAUCACAUAUAAUUUUUUUUUCUCAAUGUAUUACGUAAAUUAUUUAUUAUUAACCAAAAAACUAUACUUUUUGCAUAACAUAAAAACCAACCAACUAUACAACUAAACAACGAAGUUACUCAUGAAAAAAAAAUAUGCAACGAAACAAACUUUCCCACCGGGUUAUUUGUUGAUGAACAACGAAUACAUAAGAGAAAGAACAAUCAAGAAAAAACUUGUAAUUCCAAUGAAAAGGUUACUGUAAUAGUAAUUUAUUAAUUUACCAGCCAUACUUACAUUAAUAGAUAGAUAGACUUAAAUACUUAAUCUAGACGUAUGUCAAAGGUCAGUUUAAUUAUGUUAUAAUCUUAGGAAAAGAGAUUAUUAAAAGGAAAAAUGUGCAGCUUAAAAUGAGAUUAAAAUCUAGCUGGGAUCGGAAUUAUGAUAAUUUACGCAUAACCAGCCAGCUUUCUAAAGAUAAACCAAUAAUAUUAAUAACUAGAUAAAUAGUAACUGUGACUUUAUUUGUGCCAUUAUCAAUGUCAAAUAGUAUGACGUUUUAGAAAUACAUAUAUUUGCUUGUCUAGUGAAGUUGUUCGAGUUAAUAAAAAUCCAACAAUAAGAAUUUAUUGUUUAAGAGAAA